AUGCAGUCCUCCGAGUCUAAGAUGAUGAUAGUGACCUUCGACAAUGACAAGCCACUGGACCGCGAGGAGCUGAUGAUUGGUUGGCAGAGCAGGCUUUUCAGGUUCAACCUCCGUGUUCCCCCUGUGGAUCCACGUCGUACCGCUGCACAAAAAGCAGGCUUUCUAGACGACCUCGACAAGGUCAUAGAAGCCGGAACGGCGUGGUGUCGUUACUACGGUGUUUCCGUCAGCGAGCGGGGCAUUCUCGAGGCAUUGGAAGAGAACCUGUCGGGGAUUGAGCUCGAUGGCGGCCGGAGUGUCGUCAUGGCCAGGCAAAGCACAAGCAUGGAUGGAAGUGAAGGCAAGGCCAAGGGUGCGGAUGAGGAGAGUUAG